UUUUCUUAUCUUAUUUUUCGGGUCUGAGAGAGAGAGAGAGAGAGAGAGAAAAAGAGUCCAAAGAAACCAAAUCCUUCGCCUCUUUCAUUUUAGAGGAGAGAGAAAAUCUCAAGCUCUCUCGGUCGCCUUUCUUUGUUUCUGAAAUCGAUCUCUUCUCUCCUUCUUCUUCUUCUUCUUCAUGAUCUGGUGUCUUUUCUGCAUCUGACUUUCAAAAUCUUCUUCUCUGGAGUGAGUCCAAAAAAACAUGUCUUCUCUUAGCAGAGAGCUCGUGUUCUUGAUCUUACAGUUUUUAGAUGAAGAGAAGUUCAAGGAGACUGUUCAUAAGCUUGAACAAGAAUCUGGGUUUUUCUUCAACAUGAAGUAUUUUGAGGAUGAGGUGCACAAUGGAAACUGGGAUGAGGUCGAGAAGUAUCUCUCUGGUUUUACUAAAGUUGAUGACAAUAGAUACUCCAUGAAGAUUUUCUUCGAGAUUAGGAAGCAGAAGUAUCUUGAGGCCUUGGAUAAGCAUGAUCGUCCCAAGGCUGUUGAAAUUUUGGUCAAGGAUUUGAAAGUGUUUUCCACCUUUAAUGAGGAGCUUUUCAAGGAAAUCACUCAGCUCUUGACCUUAGAAAACUUCCGGGAGAACGAGCAGUUAUCCAAGUAUGGGGACACAAAGUCCGCCAGAGCUAUCAUGUUGGUGGAACUCAAGAAGUUGAUUGAAGCUAAUCCAUUAUUCCGUGAUAAAUUGCAGUUUCCUACCCUUAGAAAUUCACGCCUCAGGACUCUGAUAAAUCAGAGCUUAAAUUGGCAACAUCAGCUUUGUAAAAACCCAAGGCCAAAUCCUGAUAUAAAGACUCUCUUUGUGGAUCAUUCCUGCCGCCUUCCAAAUGAUGCACGAGCACCAUCCCCUGUCAACAAUCCGCUGCUUGGAUCAUUACCAAAAGCCGGCGGAUUUCCUCCUUUAGGCGCACAUGGGCCAUUUCAACCAACACCUACUCCGGUUCCUACACCUCUUGCUGGUUGGAUGUCUAGUCCUUCCUCUGUCCCUCAUCCAGCUGUGUCUGGAGGAGCCAUUGCCCUUGGUGCUCCAUCCAUCCAAGCAGCCUUGAAGCACCCGAGAACUCCUCCAACUAAUUCUGCUGCAGACUAUCCAUCAGGUGAUUCAGACCAUGUCUCAAAACGAACAAGACCUAUGGGCAUCUCUGAUGAGGUAAGUCUAGGUGUGAACAUGUUACCAAUGACAUUCCCAGGGCAGGCUCAUGGCCACAACCAAACCUUCAAGGCACCUGAUGACUUGCCCAAGGCGGUAGCACGAACUUUGAGUCAGGGCUCAUCUCCCAUGAGCAUGGAUUUCCAUCCUAUUAAACAGACCCUGCUACUAGUUGGUACGAAUGUUGGGGAUAUUGGGCUCUGGGAAGUUGGUUCUCGAGAACGACUAGUACAGAAGACUUUUAAAGUUUGGGACUUGAGUAAAUGUUCAAUGCCCUUGCAGGCUGCUUUGGUGAAAGAACCUGUCGUUUCAGUUAACCGUGUGAUUUGGAGUCCUGAUGGUGCCUUAUUCGGAGUUGCUUAUUCUAGACAUAUUGUACAGCUAUACUCCUAUCACGGUGGGGAAGAUAUGAGGCAACAUCUUGAGAUUGAUGCUCAUGUUGGUGGUGUCAACGACAUUGCAUUCUCCACUCCAAACAAGCAACUAUGUGUUACUACUUGUGGUGAUGACAAAACCAUUAAGGUCUGGGAUGCUGCAACGGGUGUAAAACGGCAUACUUUUGAGGGGCAUGAAGCUCCUGUUUACUCUAUCUGCCCUCACUACAAAGAAAACAUCCAGUUCAUCUUUUCAACUGCUCUUGAUGGGAAAAUAAAAGCAUGGUUAUAUGAUAAUAUGGGUUCUCGGGUUGACUACGAAGCUCCUGGUCGCUGGUGUACAACGAUGGCCUACAGUGCUGAUGGAACUAGGCUAUUUUCCUGUGGGACGAGUAAAGAUGGGGAAUCAUUCAUAGUUGAGUGGAAUGAAAGUGAAGGAGCUGUUAAGAGAACUUAUCAAGGAUUCCAUAAGCGUUCUCUUGGUGUUGUUCAGUUUGAUACUACUAAAAACCGCUAUCUCGCUGCGGGUGACGACUUCUCCAUUAAAUUCUGGGAUAUGGACAAUACACAGCUUUUGACUGCCAUUGAUGCUGAAGGAGGUCUCCAGGCAAGUCCACGGAUCCGGUUUAACAAGGAAGGCUCUCUCUUGGCCGUUUCUGCAAAUGACAAUAUGAUUAAAGUUAUGGCAAACUCAGAUGGUCUAAGGCUAUUGCACACAGUUGAGAACUUAUCUUCUGAAUCCUCCAAGCCUGCAAUUAACAGUAUUCCGGUGGCAGAGAGACCUGCCUCUGUAGUUUCCAUCCCUGGAAUGCAGAAUGGAGAUUCACGGAAUAUGGUGGAUGUGAAGCCAGUGAUCACUGAAGAAUCAAAUGAUAAGUCUAAGGUAUGGAAGCUUACUGAAGUCGGCGAACCCUCUCAAUGCCGUUCAUUGAGACUCCCUGAGAAUAUGAGAGUCACCAAGAUAUCAAGACUGAUUUUCACAAACUCGGGAAAUGCAAUUUUGGCAUUGGCAUCAAAUGCAAUUCAUCUGCUAUGGAAGUGGCAGCGAAAUGAGCGUAAUGCAACUGGAAAGGCAACGGCUUCUUUACCUCCUCAGCCGUGGCAGCCAGCAAGCGGGAUUUUAAUGACCAAUGAUGUGGCUGAAACUAAUCCAGAAGAAGCCGUACCAUGUUUUGCUUUAUCCAAGAAUGAUUCCUACGUGAUGUCAGCAUCGGGAGGAAAGAUUUCUUUAUUUAAUAUGAUGACGUUUAAGACAAUGGCUACUUUUAUGCCGCCGCCUCCUGCUGCAACGUUUCUUGCUUUUCACCCUCAAGAUAACAAUAUCAUUGCGAUCGGGAUGGAUGAUAGUACAAUACAAAUUUACAAUGUUCGCGUUGACGAGGUUAAGAGUAAGCUUAAAGGACAUUCUAAGAGAAUAACCGGCCUUGCUUUCUCCAAUGUACUAAAUGUUCUGGUUUCGUCUGGAGCAGACGCUCAGCUUUGUGUAUGGAACACGGAUGGAUGGGAGAAACAGAAAAGCAAGGUUCUGCAAAUCCCACAGGGAAGAUCAACAGCUGCUCUUUCAGACACGCGUGUUCAGUUUCAUCAAGAUCAAGUACACUUCCUCGUGGUUCAUGAAACGCAGCUCGCUAUAUAUGAAACAACCAAGCUUGAAUGCAUGAAACAGUGGCCAGUGCGUGAAUCAUCAGCUCCAAUCACACAUGCCACAUUCUCAUGUGAUAGCCAAUUGAUAUACACAAGUUUCAUGGACGCUACAAUCUGUGUGUUCAGCUCUGCAAACCUUCGAUUGCGUUGCAGAGUCAAUCCCUCUGCAUAUUUGCCAGCUUCUCUCAGCAACUCAAAUGUCCAUCCACUGGUGAUAGCGGCUCAUCCGCAAGAAUCCAAUAUGUUUGCUGUGGGUCUGUCAGAUGGUGGAGUCCAUAUAUUCGAGCCGCUUGAGUCUGAAGGCAAAUGGGGAGUGGCUCCACCGCCUGAAAAUGGUUCAGCCAGCGCUGUCACGACUGCACCUUCCGUUGGAGGUUCUGCCUCUGACCAACCUCAGAGAUGAUAAGAAACCCGAUCUGCUUUAGUUUCUUACUGCUGUCUUUUCUUUCUUUUUUGAGUUUUUAGAUCUUUUCAAAAUAUUUUUGUUUUGUUUUGUUUUGUCUGGAAGAAAGCAAUCUAACAAGGUGAGUGAAUUAAUGUAUCAUAUUAUCUAUAGGAAGGCGUUACAGUUCCUAAUUGAUUAAUUCGAUGUUGCUUGCUUUGAUUUUUUAACACUAA